AUGGCGCCGAAGGACGGUCCUUCGAUUGCUUUGCCCUCAGAGGAGAUGUAUGAUGCAUUAGAAAAAGGCAGAAAAUGUCACUCAGGGACGGAGGGGCAGAGUAAGUACACACAAGUGAAAACAGAAGUAGAGGGUCUAUUAGAAGUGCAUACAGAUAUUACUGAGCGCGUGAACGUAGCCAGUAAAAUUGUAAAAAACUAUUGUGACGCAUGUAUGGCGACAAACACAAGAAAGAGAGGCCACUACUUCGAACCGUGCUAUUUGUUCUAUUAUUGGUUAAGUAAGGAAAUGAAGAGCAGAAAAAAUACUUCCUCUGAUUUUUAUGAAGUCAUGGAGAAAAUUUAUCAGAAACUGAAGGAUUUCCCAUGUAAUAAUAGGUGCAGUACUAUAUACCGUCCCAGGAGUAAUACUCACUUUGAUGAAAGUAAAACACUAUUCGAUUUCGGCUAUAACUAUGAGUCUCUACAACUGCGAAAGCGGCCGGCAACUAAUGGAAACCUUUGUUGGCCACAGUAUAAGGAACACAGGGAUGCUGCUAAAACAGCUCAUGAACAGAUGGUUGGUAUUUGUGGUGGUGAUGAAACAAAGUGUCCGCAAUUUAUGAGUGCAUAUAAGCAAUAUUUUCAAAACGGGCAGCAGGAACCGCCACCGUUAAAAUGCAAUUCAACAAACGAAGUGCAGGCCGAAACAGAAUCAGAAGGCACACAUACUUCCUCCUCUUCAGAAGUGAAGGAAGACUCCGAAGACGACGAGAACGAGGACGACCUCCUCGAGGAAGGGGAAGUGGAGGAGGAAGGAGUAUUGGGGGUGGAAGAAUUGAAGAACUUACCUUCAUAUGCACAAUAUUAUGAGAAAUUCGAGCAAGGCUGGAAUAACUGUAAUGAUAAUGGUAGCGGGUGGCCGAAUCAAACAGAAGUUAAAUUAGUAGGGGGAAAUGCGAAUAUUCAGGAAGACGAUGCCAAAAAAAUUGUAGGAGCAUUAUGUUACGUGGACAGCAUGAAAAGCGUCCCUGAGGCUAAUAAUAAAUAUUGCGAUUUCUUAUAUUUCUGGGUAGGAGAUAUGUUAUGGAAAAAAUUUACGGAUGGUGGAUCAUUCCUUCAAGCUAUGAAAGCAGUUAAAAAAGCAAUGAAGGACAGCUACAAUUACCAUAAGUGCUCGUUCAAAUUUUCAAGUAAACGGAGUAAAUUUUUCAAAUACUCGAAAUAUUUGUCCGAUUAUUAUGAGAACAGAGAUUUCAUAGGGACAAAAUUAAAGAGUGGAGAGGAGCAUUGUGGUAAUGCGUACUACGAGUACUUACUGAGAGCACAAUUAGCCUAUGAUUAUGUGAAAAAUAAGUGUCCAAAUGGAAAUGAGAAUGGCUGGUGUAAGGAGUUUGAAAAAAUGUAUGGAGAAUGUAAGAAUCAGGGGAGCACGGCUCCACAGUGCAAAGUGACACAUGAACCGGAACACUCAUGUAGAAGCAGGUUCAAACCUGGAGCAGGAAAAAGUGCAUUCCAUACCGCAGAAGGGAUCUCCCCUGUUGAAACCUACCACGGAAGUAACAGCACUAUUACUGCUGUUGCCUCUUCUGCACUCGCCGUGCUGGGAACGGCAUUCAUCACUCUCUUCCUUUACAGAGUAAAUGCAGUUACAGUAGAAAUAUUAGUAAGAGAAUUUAUUAAUAUUUUCCUUGUACUUAAGAAUGAGAAAUAG